AACGCAGCACGUAUACGGAGGAGAGCUUUUACAAGAAGGCAGAAGGCCACCACGCGGAGCUCUCUGCUCUUCCAUUGCUAGUUUUGCUUCAUUUCCCUGCCUGUGAGUGGUGCAAGGCAACUACGAUGCUACCGAGUUCCAUAUGCUCCAUGGGCCAAAUCCCAAGAACUUCACCCCAUUACUAUGGGAUGCUGCCAAAGCAGAUGAGCAAAGGACAUCCUCCUAUGGUCACUAGAGCGGUAGGAGGUGUUGAGAAGGGGGAAGUCGGAGGAAAUGUACGGAGCCUGCAAGUCAUGCACAGCAAGGAACUCCAAGCUAAGAUAAGAAAACAGUUGCAGAGAGUUGAAUUAUCACCAUCGUUAUAUGACACAGCUUGGGUGGCUAUGGUGCCGGAGCGUAGUUCUUCUCAAGCUCCAUGUUAUCCGCAGUGCAUUGAGUGGAUUCUGCAGAACCAACAUGACGAUGGAUCUUGGGGUAUAAACUCAUCAAGUUUAUCAGUCAACAAAGAUAUUCUCUUGUCUACAUUGGCAUGCGUUGUCGCACUCAAGAAGUGGAAUGCAGGCUCAUAUCACAUCAAGAGAGGUCUAAAUUUUGUUGGAAGAAAUUUCUCCGUUGCGAUGGAUGUUCAAAAUAUAGCUCCUGUGGGUUUUAACGUUACAUUCUCUGGUUUAAUAACCCUUGCCUCUGGGAUGGGUUUGCAAUUACCUGUUUGGCAAACAGAUAUUGAUGAAAUUUUUCACCUCCGGAAGAUCGAAUUGGAAAGGGAUUCCGGUGGAACAAUUUCAGCAAGGAAAGCCUUCAUGGCAUAUGUGGCAGAAGGGUUCGGGAGCCUUCAAGAUUGGGAUCAGGUAAUGGCAUACCAAAGGAAGAAUGGAUCAUUGUUCAACUCGCCUUCAACAACGGCAGCUGCAGCAAUCCAUACUUUCAAUGACAGGACACUCAAUUAUUUAGAUUCACUUACGAACAAGUUUGGCGGCCCAGUCCCAGCAAUGUAUCCGCAAAACAUAUACUCCCAGCUUUGUACUGUGGAUGCUCUUGAAAGGACAGGGAUCUCUCAGAAAUUUGCACGUGAGAUAAGAGACAUAUUGGACACGACAUACAGGAGCUGGCUGCACAAUGAGGAGGAGGUGAUGCUGGACAUACCAACAUGUGCAAUGGCAUUUCGCCUCCUUCGUACUCAUGGCUAUGACAUCACCUCAGAUGAAAUGGCUCAUUUUUCUGAACAAUCCAGCUUUGAUGAUUCAAUUCAUGGAUAUCUCAAUGAUACUAAGACUUUGUUGGAGUUGUUCAAAACUUCACAAAUCCGUUUCUCAUGUGAGGAUUUGGUCCUCGAAAAUAUUGGUACUUGGUCAGCUAAACUAUUGAAGCAACAAUUAUUGUCCAACAAGUUAUCAACAUCAGCACAGUCAGAGGUGGAAUAUGUGCUUAAAUUUCCCCUCCAUUCCACCUUGGACCGAUUAGAGCACAGGAGAAAUAUCGAACAAUUCAAGGUCGAGGGUUCCAAGGUUCUGAAAUCUGGAUACUGUGGCUCCCACUCAAACGAAGAAAUUCUAGCUUUGGCUGUUGACUACUUCCAUUCCAGCCAGUCUGUUUACCAGCAAGAACUCAAGUAUUUUGAGAGUUGGGUGAAACAGUGCAGGCUAGACGAGCUGAAGUUCGCAAGAGUGAUGCCAUUGAUCGUCCAUUUCAGCUCUGCUGCCACCAUCUUCGCUCCUGAGCUUGCUGAUGCCCGAAUGGUACUUAGCCAGACCUGCAUGCUGAUAACUGUGUAUGAUGACUUCUUCGACUGUCCUGAAAUAUCGAGAGAAGAGAAGGAGAACUACAUCGCGCUGAUUGAGAAGUGGGAUAACCACGCUGAGAUUGGGUUUUGCUCCAAGAAUGUAGAGAUUGUUUUCUAUGCGGUUUACAACACGUACAAGCAGAUUGGGGAAAAGGCCGCAUUGAAACAAAAUCGCAGCAUAAUGGAUCAGCUAGUGGAGGAUUUGGUGAGCUCAGCGAAGGCCAUGAUGGUCGAGGCAGAUUGGACAGCAACCAAGUACAUCCCAGCGACAAUGGAGGAGUACAUGUCAAACGCAGAGGUGUCUGGAGCGUUUGCCUCCUUCGUCUGUCCACCGUUAUACUUUCUCGGGCUGAAACUGUCUGAGGAGGAUGUCAAGAGUCAUGAAUACACUCAACUGCUCAAGUUGACCAACGUCAUCGGCCGCCUCCAGAAUGACUCCCAGACAUACAGGAAGGAGAUCCUGGCGGGGAAGGUGAACAGCGUCUUGCUGCGUGCUCUCACUGACAGCGGCAAUACCUCGCCAGAGUCCAUUGAGGCAGCCAAGGAAAUAGUAAAUAGAGAUGCCGAGUCAUCCAUGGUGGAGAUGCGGAGUUUGGUGUUUAGCGAGGGUGGCCCUAUUCCUCGUCCAUGCAAGGAUCGCUUCUGGGAGAUGUGUAAGAUUGUGUUCUACUUCUACAGUGAAGAUGACGCCUACCGCACACCUAAGGAGACGAUGAGCUCGGCAAGGGCAGUGAUUCUCGAUCCAUUGAGGUUGAUACCUCCUCCAUCUUGCCCAGAAACGUUGUCCUCAUGAACAACCACCUUGAUUGGUUUGUGUACAAGAGGUUAUUUGAAUUUUUAGUAUGCCUAAGUCCUCAAUAUCUUUAGACGUGUUCUAGACUCUGUGUAUGGACGUGAGUGCAUGUGAGAGUCCAUCUUGUACUUAAAAAAAAUAAUUGCAUGCACUUAUGAUGUCUUAAACCUUGGAAAUUGAGGAGAAAGUUUGAUGGAAAAAAAUAUGAUAAGAACUUAUGAGA